AGUGAGAGAGGGAGAGGGGAGAGAAGACGUUGACUAUAGGCUACGCAUCUGCAGUUUAAGGAAUAUAUUAAAAAGAAAGUUUUUUACUGGGUGCAGCAGCACCAGUGAGUGAGAGCCCCAGCCCCCAGGCCAGGCCCCAGUCCUCAGUGUGGAGUGAUGGAGCUGCCCCGUGUUGGGAACUGCAGAGCCAGGCGAUGGACACCCCUGCUGCUGAUGUGACGGAGACACGCAAGAUGUAACCCGUGGAUUCUUCUCAAAGGCCCCACUCAAAUCCCUAGACGACAGAAAAAAAGGAGUAACAUCUGUUUAUGCACAUAUUUCUGUUAAACCCCCCUGGAAAAAACAGAGAUAGACAGAAGAUAAAACACCUUUAAAAAUGAAACAUUAAAAGGAACAAAUUGCCACUGGAGAAACUAAGCAAAGUCAACCUGGUUGAGGAAUCCAUCAUCUUGGGAUCAACAUCUUCGGAGAAAGGGCAGGGUCAUGUCCCAGUUGCCAUGCGCAUCACCACGGUGACCUGCCUUCCCUGCCCCUCUCCCCUCCUCCUCCUAUUGGUCCAGCUGCUACUGCGGCUCCUCCUCUCUGGGCCAGAAUUUGUAGAGGCCGCCUCCCCCUGCCCCACCCAUUGCAGCUGCUCCAAUCAGGCCAGUCGAGUCAUCUGUACAAGACAGAGUCUGGAUGGGGUGCCUGAGAGCAUAUCAGUCAACACACGAUACCUCAACCUGCAGGAGAAUUCAAUAGAGGUUAUCAAGUCAGACACCUUCAAGCACUUGAGGCACCUUGAGAUCCUGCAGCUGUCUAAGAACAAAAUCAGUCAGAUUGAGGUGGGAGCAUUCAAUGGCCUGCCCAACCUCAAUACGCUGGAGCUGUUCGACAACCGCCUCACCCUGGUCCCCUCACAGGCCUUCGAGUACCUCAGCAAGCUGCGGGAGCUGUGGUUACGGAACAACCCCAUCGAGACGCUGCCGGGCUACGCCUUCCACCGCGUGCCCUCGCUGCGCCGGCUGGACCUGGGAGAGCUCAAGAAGCUGGACUACAUCUCAGACGCCGCCUUCGUGGGCCUGGUCAACCUGCGCUACCUGAACCUGGGCAUGUGUGGUCUGAAGGACAUCCCCAACCUGACGGCCCUGGUGCGUCUGGAGGAGCUGGAGCUGUCUGGGAACCGUCUGGAAAUCAUCCGGCCUGGCUCCUUCCAGGGCCUGGUGUCUCUCCGUAAGCUGUGGCUCAUGCACUCGCAAGUGAAGGUCAUCGAGCGCAACGCCUUCGACGACCUGAAGAACCUGGAGGAGCUCAACCUUUCCCACAACUCCCUGCACUCGCUGCCCCAUGACCUCUUCACCCCGCUGCACCAGCUGGAGCGGGUGCACCUCAACCACAACCCCUGGGUGUGCAACUGUGACGUGCUGUGGCUCAGCUGGUGGCUGAAGGAGACGGUGCCCAGUAACACUACGUGCUGCGCCCGCUGCCACGCUCCCCCUGGCCUGAAGGGCAGGUACAUCGGGGAGCUGGACCAGAGCCACUUCACCUGCUACGCUCCCGUCAUCGUGGAGCCACCCACCGACCUCAACGUUACCGAGGGCAUGGCUGCAGAGCUGAAGUGUCGCACGGGCACCACCAUGACCUCGGUCAACUGGCUCACGCCCAACGGCACCCUGAUGACCCAUGGCUCCUACCGGGUUCGGAUCUCCGUGCUGCACGAUGGUACGCUCAACUUUACCAACGUCACACUGAGGGACACGGGUCAGUACACCUGCAUGGUGACCAACUCGGCUGGCAACACCACGGCAACCGCCGUGCUUAAUGUCACUGCCGCCGACGUUGGCGUCAGCUACUUCACUACUGUCACCGUGGAGACGGUGGAGCCCAACGAGGGCCCGACAGUCUACGCGGGCGUCAUGAACAGCCACAACGAGUCAUACGUUAUUACCCCGUCUGGCCACCAGUGGAGGGGGGGGCUCCCUACCACCGCCUCCUCCCUGUCAGCCUGGUCCUUGUCCUCAUCCCGGGCCACCCGGCCCACCUUUACUGUGCCCAUCACUGCCGAGACGGGCUAUUCUGGCCUUGAUGACGUGAUGAAGACCACCAAGAUCAUCAUUGGCUGCUUUGUGGCCAUUACCUUCAUGGCAGCCGUGAUGCUGGUGGUCUUCUACAAGCUGAGGAAGCAGCACCAGCUGCACAAGCACCACGGCCCCGCCCGCGCCAUCGAGAUCAUCAACGUAGAGGACGAGAUUGGCGCAGGUGCUGGUGGACGCGGGAGCGGCAUCUCAGGGGGCGGCACCGUCUCUCGGGAUGGAGGCGGAGGGGGAGGAGUAGGAGGAGGGCAGAGCCUGAGGAUGCAUCACCCGGAGAUGGUCAACCUACCCAACCUAGCCAGACAGGAGCACCUCAACCACUACUACAAGGCCCACCACUUCAACAACAACAUGAUGGGCCUGGGCAUGGGCCUCAACAACAACAACAACCCCUCCCUCUCCCCCUGUUCCCAGAGCACCCCCAACUCCUGUGCACAGGGACCCACCUCCACCAGCGGUGGCACCCCCACGGGUGGCUUGCUGCCCUCCCCUGUGCCCCUGCCCCAGCUGGGCAUCCACAGCUCUCUGAAGGGGCUCAUGGGGAAAGGCCAGAACCCUCAGAUCGAGCCUCUGCUCUUCAAGAGUGGCUCCAAGGAGAAUGUGCAAGAGACUCAGAUCUGAGAGAAAGAGAGAGAGAUGAAGAGACAGAAAACAGGGAGAUGGAGGGAGAGAGAGGAGUCUGAUUGUACUAUCCCCAUGGCCAUAUUUGGAUAGAAAUUGUAGGCAGGCAGAAUAUGAAAUAUUACAUAGACAUUGCUUUGUAUGGUUAGUGCAUAGAGAGAGAGAGAGAGAGAGGAGAGAUUGUUCUCACACCUCUACUGUGUCUGCUCAACACCCGUCCAAGCAUUAACAUCUUCUGAGACACUCCAAGACAAACACAGACACACACAGCCCGACACAGGGACAGGAACAUUCUAUCAGCUAACACAUACACAGUGCAUUAUGAGAUUGACAACUAUGUGCCAAACUUGAGCAUGUCUGUGCCAAAGUAAAAGCCCUCGCAAUCUAUAUAUCCAUCCGCAGCAUUCCCAGACUGAAUCAGGUGACCAGGUUCAAUACUCAGACACAAUAAGAAUCACCACGGUUAUAACUAAAUACAGAUCACCUCGUAUAUUAUCAGAUACUAUCCAAGUCACCAUGUAUAUAUAGAGGUAAGAUCUGCGUCACUAUGUUGAAGUAGGCGGAUAAGUGUUUGGGACUGUGUCAGAGCAGUACAGGGCUGCCCAGACGCACUCUGUGGAACAGGACAGAAAGUAAACCAUUGAGCAGAACACAGUUUAGUGUCGGACAACAAGCAAUGUGUAGGAAGAGGAAACAACAUCAACAACGGUUGUGUUUUACUUAGUGGGCUCAAUCUCACUUUCUCCCCUCUUUCACACCUGACUGACUACUCUCUUUAAAGGAGAGGAAGGUAUAUGGAGUGAAUCGUCGUAAAAAAAAUAAUAAUAAUAAUAGCAAAAAGGACUACGAAAGAUACAAAUAAACUGUGAAAGUACAUAUUAUAUAUAAAUAUAUUUUCAUUCGAAGAAAUAAAUUAUGAAGAAUCUUUACCAAGUUUCUGAGUAAAUAGCCACAGCUUCUGAAGAAUAUAUGAACUGCUGUCAUAGCGGUCAUCACUAUGAAAACUUUGUUUGGCUAGAAACAAGAUGGCCGACAUUCUGUGCUGGAAAAGGACAUAUUGUAGUGGAGGCUGUGGAUGAGCAAGAGCUAAAAUUGGAAACGGGCACAGUGUUUGAUUGAAUUUAUUUUGGCUUCAAUUUUUGUAGCAUCACAAAGCGUUCCCUCUCAUGCCAGAUAAACAGGGUCAUUGGAGAAGGGGGAUCUUUACUCUCCAUUUAAUGAGAACAUAUGAAAUAUGAUUACAAAACUUCACCCUUUGAUACAAACCAUAUGGAUAUUGUAAUGAUGAUAAUGAUGAUAAUUAUAAUAAUUCAGUAAAUGCUUAUCAACCGUAUACUGUAGAUAGCUCUUAAAAGCAGAUAAGGGUUAGCAUUUUCUCUGAUUCAAGUGGUAAUAUCUAAAAUUGCAAUGUGAUCGGUUUCAACUUCAUGCAUUCAGUAUGUCUGUAUGCAAUAUAUCAUGAUAUUGAGAACAAAUGAUUAUUAUAAUUAUCAUCAUUAUUACUAUUAUUAUUGUUAUUAUUAUCAUACACUGAGUGUACAAAACAUUAGGAACACCUUCCUAAUAUUGUGUUGAACCCCAUUUUGCCCUCAGAACAGCCUCAAUUGGUUGGGGAAUGGACUGCAAGGUGUUAAAAGCGUUCCACAGGGAUGCUGGCCCAUGUUGACUCCAAUGCAUCCCACAGUUGUCAAGUUGGCUGGAUGUCCUUUGGGUGGUGGACCAUUCUUGAUACACACAGGAAACUGUUGAGCUUGAAAAACCCGGCAGUAUUGCAGCUAUUGACACACUCCAACCUGUGCGCCUGGCACCUACUACCAUACCCCGUUCAAAUUCACCCUCUGAAUGGCACACAUACUCAAUCCAUGCCUCAAUUGUCUCGAGGCUUAAAAAUCUGUCUUUAACCUGUCUCCUCCUCUUCAUCUACACUGAUUGAAGUGGAUUUAACAGGUGACAUCAAUAAGGGAUCAUAGUCUUCACAUGGUCAGCCUAUGUCAUGGAAAGAGCAGGUGUUCCUAAUGUUUUGUACAGUCAGUGUAUAGGUGGCAGAGCAGUCUAGUACAUCCUCAUGAAAGUUAUGUUUAUAAUUGAUUCAGUGGGGAAUGAUUUGAUUACACAUGGAACGAUGAUGAUCCCUUCAACCACCAUAUUGACUCCAACAACAGGGGAUGGUCUGUGUUCCACCAAACACCAACCUGCAGAAACAGGAAAUACAUGGUCCUCAAAAUGGCUGCUCCCACAUGGCAUCCUCACGGCCCAUGCCUCCUCAGAAACUCCUCUGUUUUGUACAACAACACCAGUCUCAGCCGAUCAGGAUCCCUCAUUUUAUUCUGUUGUAUAAAAGACAGGACAUGAACCUUUGACGAAGACUGCUCGUUUGCAGAGGAUUAUAUCAGAACUCAGUGUUCUCAUGUGUGAAUGGAAUUCAUGGCAGCAGGGAGCUAAAGGAGGACAGCAUUUUGAAGCGUUUGAAAGGUAAGAGAAACCUAUUCAAUGAAAGAGACAGAAAGCCUAGAUGAAUCAUGUGGUGAUGGGUGAUUUUUUUUUUUUAAGGAAAAGGACAAAUAAAUGAAAAAUAUAGAAACGUAUAGAUCUCUUUAAAAAAAAAAGCUAUUAUAAGUGUUUUUUCAUUUUGUUUUUUUAUCUAGUUUGAUUAUUUCCUUUUUAUCUUUUUUUAAAUCAAGUGUUAUCUCAAUUGUAAUAUUGUUAUUGUUAUUAUAAUUUGCUAAUUACACUGGUUAUAAUUCUGAAAGAUGUUCUGUCAGCAGAAGUCACAUUGAAAAAUUAAAAUAUCUGGCAC